UUGCUAGGGGGGAUUCUGAUAGGUUGCGCGAAGGGUUGCCUUCGUGAGGCCCCGCCCUCACUGGAACGCUUCAGACUUAGGUUACCGGAUUCGAGUCAGAAGCGGCCGCGGGUCUGAACGCUUCGGUAGGAUAAGUGCGGCGGGGGGGCGGCUCUGCGGUUUUGGGGGGCCCAGUGCGGGAACCCGGACCCGGGUGGGAGUCCGGAGCCUGGCCGCAGCCCCGCCCCUCUGCUCUUUCUGGGUGACCUUAAGCCGGUCGCUGCCUUUUUCUGAGCCCGGGCCGGGCCGAAGGCGGCCCGUAGGCCCUCGGGACUCCCAGCACUUUAGAGGGUGUGAGGUCUGACAUCCAAGACACGUUGUUUAGUAUUUCUGAAGUAAGAACUCAAGCUCCAGGAAGUGAUGGCUGGGGAUGGGGCGGGCAAUUUGGGGACCGAGUGUAGGAUCCACGCCCAAGGUUGAGGGCGGCCGAGCUAGCCAAGCAGCCGUGACCCUAGUGCUUUUCAGACGUUUCUUAGCUUCCAGAGCCCAACACAUACAGCUGAUACACUCAGACCAGAUCUGGUCAGGUCCUCGGAAGCUGAGUCCAGAGCGAUGCUGCUGAAGACAGUGCUCUUGCUGGGACAUGUGGUCCAGGUGCUAAUGCUGGACAAUGGGCUCCUGCAGACACCACCCAUGGGCUGGCUGGCCUGGGAACGCUUCCGCUGCAACAUUAACUGUGAUGAGGACCCAAAGAACUGCAUCAGUGAACGGCUCUUCAUGGAGAUGGCUGACCGGAUGGCACAGGAUGGAUGGCGGGACAUGGGCUACACAUACCUCAACAUUGAUGACUGCUGGAUCGGUGGGCGCGAUGCCAGUGGCCGCCUGAUGCCAGAUCCCAAGCGCUUCCCUCAUGGCAUUCCCUUCCUGGCUGACUACGUUCACUCCCUGGGCCUGAAGUUGGGUAUCUACGCGGACAUGGGCAACUUCACCUGCAUGGGUUACCCAGGCACCACACUGGACAAGGUGGUCCAGGAUGCUCAGACCUUUGCUGAGUGGAAGGUGGACAUGCUCAAGCUGGAUGGCUGCUUCUCCACCGCCGACGAGCGGGCCCAGGGGUACCCCAAGAUGGCUGCUGCCCUGAAUGCCACAGGCCGCCCCAUUGCCUUCUCCUGCAGCUGGCCAGCCUACGAAGGCGGCCUCCCCCCAAAGGUGAACUACAGUCUGCUGGCGGACAUCUGCAACCUCUGGCGUAACUAUGAUGACAUCCAGGACUCCUGGUGGAGCGUGCUCUCCAUCCUGAGUUGGUUCGUGGAGCACCAGGACAUACUGCAGCCGGUGGCCGGCCCUGGGCACUGGAAUGACCCUGACAUGCUGCUCAUUGGGAACUUCGGACUCAGCUUAGAGCAAUCCCGGGCCCAGAUGGCCCUGUGGACUGUGCUGGCAGCCCCCCUCUUGAUGUCCACAGACCUGCGUACCAUCUCUGCCCAGAACAUGGACAUUCUGCAGAAUCCACUCAUGAUCAAAAUCAACCAGGAUCCCUUAGGCAUCCAGGGACGCAGGAUUCACGAGGAAAAAUCUCUUAUCGAAGUGUACAUGCGGCCUCUGUCCAACAAGGCCAGCGCCUUAGUCUUCUUCAGCCGCAGGACCGACAUGCCUUAUCGCUACCACUCCUCCCUUGGCCAGCUGAACUUCACCGGGUCUGUGACAUAUGAGGCCCAGGACGUCUACUCAGGUGACAUCAUCAGUGGCCUCCGAGAUGAAACCAACUUCACAGUGAUCAUCAACCCUUCAGGGGUAGUGAUGUGGUACCUGUAUCCCAUCAAGAACCUGGAGAUGUCCCAGCAGUGAGAAGCUGGGACAUGUGACAGGCUGUGGUGGCACCAUUGAGCCUAGACCAUGGAGCCUUGGCAUGCCCAGAGCAAGUGGGCAGGUUCUCUGCUCCCCAGGCCUGCUCAGUGACUGACCCCAUCAUACCCAAAGUGCAAUCUCAGGGCCAGGUUCUAUGCCCUGCCCAAGCGUAAACCCUCUUGGAAACUUCUUUUGGGGCAAUUUUCCUGUGGCCUUCCUGGCCUCUACAUCGUGUGCACAGCCCCACAGAUGUUGCUGAGCAACUUGCCAGCCUCCCGAGCCCCAUGCCCAUCAGGACUCUAGCCUCUGACCUUGCUGUUGACUCUGAAAUCAGGAUUUGGAAUUUUUCGAAUUAGGAGUAGAGAGAUCUGACCUCUUGCCAGGAAUGCCCAUGAAUCGUGUGAUUGGCUUUUCUACCCAUAGAGGGCCUUGUAGGCUGAUACCACCUGGGAGUGAAGGUCACAAAGGAGACCUUGGCUCCCUCAGGUCACCAAUAAACCUGUUCUUUAAUCAAGUAGUUGCAAUAUGGACCUGGGGUACCUUUAGUUAGGGACUCUGCUGGCACUACACAUGGUGCUGGAUUCAAAUCUCACCUCUAUGGAUGAUGUCUGGCAUCGUCUGGCCCCUCCUUUAACAAACUGACUGGAAGAUUGUACUUCCUAGAGAUGCCAGACUUGCCUCACACCCAGGAGCUGCCCCUGCUGUGCCUGGUAUGCUGGCAGUGGUGAUGGUGACAACAUAAUGAGGCCAAGUAGCAAUGCUCCCAGGUCCUGCAGCUUGUGCUCUGCCCAGCAGUGCCCCUGGCCCAGCAACUCAGCCUGCCCUUCUCUCUGGUGGCUCCACCCCCACCUCUACUUCUUUUCCUUUAUUAUUUCUCUCCCGACCUGGCUGCAAAGGAGGUUCAUAUUCCCCAGAUGUGUCCACAAACCUGUCCAGGAGUUGUGUCUUAAAAUUGAUUUCCUGUCCCUCUUCCUAAGGACAGGGGUUAACAGUCAAAGUGAAGGAAUGAUGGGUUCUUGCCUAUCUUGCUUUGGUCCUUAUUUCCCAAGCCCUCCUCUUUUAGCCAAGGCUACAGGGCACUUGUCUUCCCUGGUGGCUCUCUCCCCUUUGGAGAUUGCUGGUGGCAGAGCAAGCUAGCUAGGUCCUCCUUGGGCUUUGAAUGUAGGAGCACCCAGUGCCCCAGGCCUUGCACUGUCCUGCCCAAGGAGUAUUUUCUGGGUGGAUCUCCCAUAGUCCUCAGAGUUCUGAGGUCCUUGUAUUUAGGGUAUGGUGUGAAAACUUACAUGUGCACAUUUUGUUACAUCAUUUAAGAUUACUGGAGCUUUACUGGUUAAGUAUAGGGUCACCAGAAAGUUCCCUUCCCCAGUUGAUGUCUUGAGGCUGCUGAGAAACUUAGGACAGAAGCCUACCUCAUCCCAGGCCUCUGUCCUUGAAGGCCUGCCCCUCUGUGCAUAGCUCUGGCUUUGGGUCUUGUUCAUAGUGCUGUUCAAGCAAAAUGGAAUAGUCUCAGGUGGGAACACCUUCUCUUGCCAGCUCCAGGAAGGCUUUCCCACCACUCUGGGAUGUGGUGGGAAAUGAGUUGAGACCAUGGAGUUGGGAGUUGGGGGCCAGAGUUGAGCCUGGACUUCACCAAUUAAUUCCUUUACCUUUCAGCCCAAGAUAGCUACAUGUCUUUACUCGCUGUAUAAGUUAUCCUUUUGUCCUGGGGGUGCCUGAUUGAUCCUAUCUCUUCACCCUUCAUUCUUUCAACAAACAUGCCAUCUAUCUCCCAGGACAUUUAUUCCCUUCUAGUCAAGGCCAGUUAGGAAUGCAAUAUUUUUUCAGUUCAGUACAGAUUUGUUUGGACCCAAAGUACCCUUUCUCUUUUUAAAAACUUUUUAUCAUGAAAACUUUCAAAUACAAAAAUAAAAUGGUAGAGUGAACCUCCAUGUACCCAGCAUCCAGCUCCA